AUGUUAAAAUCACAACGACCUCUCUUAUCAUGGUUAGGAGAGAGAGAAGCGGGAUCUCGGUUUCCUUUGAAUAAACAGAUGGUUUAUCAAAUGGAGCUGUACCGCUCUGAUCUUGCAGACUACAUUAGGGAUAUUGAAUCUUACGACAACCGAGUGAGACUACUCAACUUUUCUCCUCGUGAUAGUUGGGUCGUUGGGGAGAUUGAAGCUCAGAAUAACUACCUAUUUGAAAACUCACGGACAAUAAUUAUCAUCAUGAGAUUAACAAACUAUACUUGCAUUCCGUUAUAUGUGUCUUAUAACAAAGACUUUGCAUAUGCUCGAACAUACUUUUCGCCCAAAGAAGAAAACCUAAUCGUUAUUUUUUCAUUACUCAGAACUGAUCUCAAAGCUGCGGGUUCUACUGGAACACAUUCUUCCACUGCUCAACUGAAUGUCAUAAUUCCUUAUUUGGGUAUCAAGCUUCGUUUUGUAAUAGGUGUUCAUUUGAUUGUGAGACGGGUACAGGGACGCAAGCAGGAUAAAAGCUAUGUCUAUAUGGGUGUAAAUGAAUUUGCUUUUAAUACGGGUACUCAACUGGUUUUCUUCCGCAUUUUGAGAAAACCAAAAGAGAAAACUAACUGUAAAAAUGCUUUUUACAUAACCAAGAAGAGAGAACUUCGGAGUGUGCAUGUUUCUCAACCCGUCUUAUUCCAAGUUGACAUCAAAAGUAAGAGAAACGAGUAUAACUUCACUAACAGAAAAGAAGACGCGGACGUAUGGAUUGCGUACCAUAUCUUUGAUCCUGAGAAAGCUGCGCUACGUAUUGUAUGUGAAGCCGUGAAAAAACUAACUGCCAAGGGAGAAUAUUAUCAAGUGAGAAGGAUAAUAGAUCAUGAGACUGAUGUACUAUCAAUUAUUAACAAUUGUCUUGAAAUAUGCAUGAGUGUUGUUGUUGAAGUUCAUGAUGACAACUUAGUUCAAACUUAUUUUAAUUAUGAGAUUAUGCUGUGCUGGAAUGCUAUCAAUAACAAGUUGGACGUUUUUUCCGCUAGACGUAGAGGACUUGUAUCACAACAACAAGCCUUUCGCAACACUUGGUAUCCUCACAGAAAUCCAUUCUAUAAAAGGAACUUCAUAGAUAAUGGAUCUGGCGAUCAAGAUGAAUUCGACGAAAACGCCUGCUCUACAAUCUCCUCGAACUGUACUGGGAUAAAAAUCGUGUACUUUGACAACAAGAGCCCUCCUAGUAGAGAUGUACUUCUGAAAUGGGAACGAAGUCGAAAGCAACAGCUUGACUAA